AGGGAAUCCGGCUGUGAGAAUUGCCCCAUUUGGGUGAUGGACAAGGAACAUGACAACGUUGUCAACUGUACGACUCCCAACUUCACGGGGAUAAUUUCAAUGAUGGACCCAAGCAGAAGUUGGCCUUCUAGAUGGUUGAGAAUAGGGAGGUUCUUACCUGGAUGUUACACACUUGCCGUCUCUGAAGAACUUCCCGAAGAAUAUCAGGCAUGUGAUGUUACUUGUAAGAAUUCCUACAUAUCUUGCUGUUUGCUUGAAAAUGUCAUUAUAAGUUUCAACUCCGAUCUGAUAUUUUGAUAACAAUGUCCAGUAUGUGCCUCCAAAG